CCAGAGGAGAGUGGAAGUAGACCAGGUCACAGUGGGAGAACAUCUACAGAGAUAGGAGACACAUCAGCCUGGUUGCUUUACAGCGGGACAUUUAGAGUUUUAUUUUGGCAUCUCCAGCUCUCCAAAAUGAAGACGAUGCUUCUGGGAUUUUACAUACUGGCUCUGCUGGCCUUUGGACAGGCUCAAGAAAAUGCUACGACUGCAGCUCCACCUAACAAUGUCACUGUAUCAAACAGUACUGAGCAAACUACAAUGAACAUGUCUACAACAGUGAUUGCAACUACUACAGUCAUGCCUACCACCACCUCAACUAAUGCACCUCCAAACACCACAGCCGUCUUUACAACCACCACCGAGAGAAAAACAACUACACCAGUGAUCACAACUCCUGCUUCAACUGCAGCCCCACCUGAUUCUACAACUGGACGAACAUCCCCUAUGCCAAUGACUACACACUCUCCACCACUCGACACUUCAGCAUCAGCACCGCCUGUUAUUACAACUUCAGCCAUGGCUCCAACUGUGACUGCAAAUACUACGGCCAGCUCCAAUGCCACAACUUCCCCAGAACCUCCAACCAACAUAACAAUGCCACCACCAACAACAGCAAGAGUGACUCUAACGACCAAGACCACAACCAAACACAAUGGAGGCUCAGAAAUCAGAGCUUCUCUGCUGCUUUCUGCGGUGCCAGUAUUGCUGUAUACACUCUGCCACUAAACAGGAAGUUGACAUUCUAAAGGCAAAGGACUUAAAGACUUUGUAAUUGUUUCUAGAGGUGAAUGUUGAAUUGAAGAUGCACACCAAAGAUGAGACCAAAGAACUGAGUAAAAUCAUUAUCUGAUAGUGAACAGUGUUUGUACAUUUGAAGAGUUUUCUUACAUUCAUUGUGCACAUAAAUUCAGGUAUUUACAAGGCAGUAGAUACAUAAACCUUAGAACCAUGUAGUUCAGACACCUUUGUAUGUGUUCUGUUUUAAGUUUGGGUAUAAAAUUCACACUGGACACUACAAUGAAUCUAGAGAAGUUGUAACUUGUUCGAUUGUGCCGCAGUGAUCUAAGAUUUAUUCUAAACACUAGAGUGUAUAUGCACCUCAUAUGAAAAGCAAUGCUGAAUGAAAUGUUUGUUACAGUGUAACCUUUUGUGCCUAAUUCUCUGUGAAAAGGCCACACCUGACUGCCAUUAUUCCAUAAACGGCAACAAAUAUGUGUGUAAAAUAUGAUCAAGCAGAAUGAUAAGAUGAUAACAUGCAUCCUUGAUGUACAGCUAGCGUAAAACAACAGUGAAAGUCUUCAAGAAAAACAUUAAGUUAUUAAACAGUUUUCUGGCAAAUGUAAUUCUCCCUGCUUCUGGAAAAUAAAAGUGAUAAAACAAAUCAAAGUUGUCACACUCUUCUGAGGGAUCAAUCAAUGAGAUUGCACUGUCAACACCAAAUAGCUGAUUAAUCCUACUCAUUAAAAAAAAAAAAAACACGUUUCAAAAUGAUUCUAAUGACAACCUAUUUAAUGAAGGCCUUUUAAGUUACAAGGAGUUUGAUUUUAGAUUUAAA